AUGCUCGAAGAGAACAUCAUGCGCCGUCCUGUCAAGGGACAAAGGAGCUUCUGCAGGAUACGUGAUACAGAAGGCGCCUCCCAAAGGAAACUCAGGGUUUGCUCUCAGGGUUGUGUGGAUCUUGUCGACGCUUCUGCUGAGUUCGCUAUGGUACAUCAACCAUCAGCAAUACCAACUGACCCACUGCCGGGUAAUCAGCUGGAGGAGCAGAGCAGCUUGAUGGAGCUCCAUAUAUCUGACGUCUACGAUCAGGAGGUGGCAGAUGCGGUCGCCAAGAGGAACAAGCUACUGCAGACAGAGCUCAGCAGACACGAGGAAUUGUCAAAGGAGCUCGGCACGAUGAGAACAACCCCAGCUCCUCCCAUCGUUGACAGUAAGAAGGAUACCAUGGUCUGGAAGACCCCAGACAUGCCUCGUAGGGUCGUGCACAGCGACGAGCAGUUGCGUCCUAUCUGGAACUUCCUCAACAGCGGGUCGGAAGGAAAGAACCUGCUGGUGUUUGGGCUAGUACAAGACAUGGACUUCUGGGUUCAAUUCAUGAACCCGAAAGGGAAGACGCUGUUCGUGACAGAGGAGUCGGAGACCCUGAUGAGGGCGAGGAAGGAUGUUGUGCACGUAGAGUACAAGACGAUCGCCAGCCGGGACUUCGAGCGAUACAUGAAGAAGGAGACUUGGCCGGAGCUGCUGCUGGAUCUCCCCAACGUGGUGAAGGAUUCCCACUGGCAUGCCAUCGUCAUCGAUGCGCCCGACGGCUGCUGCUACGACAAGUCCAUCCUUGAGAUCCGAGGACCAGGUCGCUUUCAGUCCAUCUUCACGGCUCGGCACCUAGCACAGCCUGGCACCUUCAUCGCGCUGGAUGACUGCGAGAGAGAAUUAGAAGAGAAGCUCAUGACGAACUUCCUUGGCGAAGAGCACUUGGUGAAGACGAUCCCAGGCUCUCCCAACGCCCAGGGGCACCGAUCGUCCAUGUGCCACUUCAUCAUCGAUGGUGAUGCCAGCGGUGGCAAGAACUCUCCCUCAUCCUCUCUUCCUCCCCCCCCUUCUCCUUUCAUCGCCAACCAGCUGCCCGAGAGGUUGGGGGAGGCUCCUACCAGCGGCUCCAAGACUAAUGACCAGACUAUCACAGGGCAGCACCUGGGACAAUAA